AUGGCAUCUGAAAUGGACAAGACUCGUGCCUUGCUCCAGUCUUGUAGCACUGAAUCUAUUAUUUCCAGCCUUGGUCUGGGGAUAUUUUGCAUGGUAGCAGACAAGCUUCUUCAGUUUUCCAUAAUUCAUCAAAGUGAAUGGCUUCGCUCCCUCUCUGAUAAUGCCAUUCACGGUGUGAUUGGCAUGUGGUCAUGGGCGAUAGUCAUUGGAAUCAAGAAGAAGGCUGAUGUUGGAGAAAUCAUUUUAGCUGGAUUUUUAGCCUCUGUUAUUGACAUAGACCACUUUUUUCUAGCUAAAUCGCUGUCUUUAAAGGCUGCUUUGAGUCUUCCACGAAGACCUUUCCUUCACUGUUCUACUGUGAUACCCAUCGCAGCUCUGACCCUGAAGUUUAUUAUGCACAUUUUUAAGCUCAAAGACUCAUGGCACUUUCUUCCCUGGAUGUUAUUUGUAUCCUGGACCUCACACCAUAUCCGAGAUGGAAUUCGUCAUGGCUUGUGGAUUUGCCCAUUUGGAAAAACUUCUCCAUUGCCAUUCUGGCUUUAUGUAAUAAUGACAUCAACUUUACCCCAUAUGUGUUCAUUUGUUAUGUACUUAACAGGGACCAGACAAAUGAUGCCUUCAAAACCUGGGAUUCGUAUUGAUGUCUGAGGUAACCAUAUGGCUGUUAGAGAAGCAGAUAGGUCAGAGGAGCCAACAUUAGAGGGAAGUUUUAAAAA